UUAUAGUCUAUAGUUUGAACCAAAUAUACACAAGGUAUCCUUCAAAGUUGUCCUUUGAAAAGACCUGGAUUGCUCUUAGAAUACUCAGAAAUUAUUUUUUCACACUCCGAACAAAACCAGACAAAAAGGAACUGCAUUUUGUGGCAAGAUAAUCCUAAUAAUGACUUUAAAAUAAUACAGCUGAUUAACUGUGCUAUUCAAUUAAAUUAUAUCAGCUGGAAGAAAAUGAUUCUAAUGAUCAUGUUACUGAUCAUUAAGCACACACACAGAUCUGAGAUGUGUUUCUGUGUGUUUUAUGGCUGUGAUUCUCUCAAGGCCAGUACUGAAGCCUCUUCAACUUACCAGCCAUCAACUCUGAACUUGAAUAAGGAGCGUUAAAGAGGGGAUAAACAGGAUCUUAACCUGCCAGAAGAUAACACUUAACACAUCAGGCAGCAGUCUUCUUAAUCAUCCACCACACGCGUCAAAGCCCUGCUGGUGUUCUACACCCCAUACCUGAGGACUUUUUUAAUGAAAGCUUUUGUAAUAGCAUUCCCAGACUGAGGUGUCCAUGUGGCUUAACUAUGACAUGACUCGAACAGGAUGAUUCAAUUCUCUGAGCAAUUCAUCUACGAAAAGAUUUUCAUAAAAACACUCCCAAAACUUCUAAGAUAUAUGAAGGCUAAAGUUAAUGUGUGGACUUAUUUCACAUUAGAAAGGAUGCCCAUGGGAGCAAGUAAGAUGAUCUGACCAAACAGCAUAAUCUUUUAAGAUAAUGCGUUUAAUAAAAUGCCCUCCCGGAACACUGACCCAAGCCGGAAUUAAGUUUGCGGUUCAUGUAAUUGUCAUUUUCCGGGGAAAAAGUGUCAGAAAUGUUGAGCGCAGUGCUGCAGUGUGAGCUGGAGAGGAGAAGAGGCGUCACCUGCCUACAUCACAGCCAAAUCAGAGGAGCUAUUCAGCCAUUCCUCAACUACUCCUGCGAUGUUUACUCGGUCCCUGCGCCCCAAUAAACACCAGCCGGCGCGAAAUCACCCGGACCUCGGUUCUAAACCGGCAGAGCAGACGGACGACACCAGCCCGUGCUCCAGCGUGAACGCCAUGUCGACACUGGGAGCCAUAUUCUGCUGUUUAUUUCGACGUCGGAGUGAAGACACGUUCACGCGCACAUUCGCCCCCUUUAAAUGGCUUUUAAGCAAAGCUCUGGGUUCAGCUAAUGUUUAAAUCUCAGCCUGGACCCGUUUAUUUAAAUCAGCGUUAUCGGGACAGUAGCGUGGGCUUGUUUUUCCGUUAGCCACUCUGUACAAUAUGGAUAUGGCAAACAAAGUUCAAUGGAUAAGUUAAGACAUUAAAUCGACUAGGAGUUAUGGUUUAGGCCACGGCAGGCUGUCCGCUCAGCUAACUAGUUAGCAAACGCAUACAUAACAGUUAUAACUUUUUAGGUUAGGUUUGCUCAUUUGAGUCUCUGGUGUUAAUUUCAUGUGGAACGGACCUUAAAUAUUGAUUGGCUCCCAUAGCCUGAACCGAGUAUCCCUGGAUACAAAGCUAUUGAGGGUAGACUUUGCCCUGCAUGUAGCAUUUAUGGAACAGAGCUGCUCUGAAGCCGAGAGAGAAAGUUAAAUAAACUGUUAUCAAGUUCCCAUUAUCGAGAGCUCCUUGGUUACCCAGACUUACAUGGAGAGGCCGGCGGUGGUUAACGGAGAUCAGCUUCCCCCUCCUUACAACCCCACAUACCCCCAACCCUACACCCAUGGAGCCAGGAAUUUCGGGGAGGCAGGAAUUUCUACAGUCACUCAAUGUAGUAAUAAUGUAGGAACAGCAGACGGCAUGCCCCCAGAAUACACACAGUGCUUUGAGGAUGUUAACUGCUUCUCUGAAGCUUCCGUCAGACGAGGUUUCAUCAGAAAGGUGUACCUCACCCUUAUGGUUCAGUUGCUGAUAACAGUUGGAAUAAUCUGUGCAUUCCUCUAUUGGGAGACCCUGAAAAGUUGGGUUAUACGCACCAGUUGGUUUGCCUACACCAUGAUGGGGACAACACUAGUUCUUGUCAUUGUGCUUUCCUGCUGUGGUGAUGUGCGGCGAAAGGUUCCCGUGAACUUCUUCUUUCUUGGGCUGUUUACUGUUGCAGAGGGUAUGCUGCUUGGAUCAGUAACUGUGUUCUUUAAUGCAGAGGCUGUUCUAUGGGCAGUAGGAGCCACUGCCUUGGUGUCCUUUGGUCUGAGUGUAUUUGCAAUGCAGUCUAAGUGGGACUUCACAACCAUCAGUGGAAGCCUUUGGGUACUAUGCUGGACUCUGUUCUCGUUUGGGUUACUCUGUGCUAUCAUGAGAUCCCAGUUUCUAUACAUUGCUUAUGCAUCAGUGGGAACACUGGUCUUCUCUGUCUACCUGGUGAUGGAUACACAGCUAAUGCUGGGUGGGAAACACAAAUACACCAUCAGUGCAGAGGAAUACAUUUUUGCUGCACUGAACCUCUACCUAGACAUUGUAACAAUUUUCUUGAUGAUACUUCAGCUGAUCGGGCUGUGCCGUUAAUGCAAAUGAUAAUUUACCAAAAAGUCCAAAAACAAUGUUUAUCAAAAUCCCUGCACUCUACAUCCUGCAUUCUACAUCCACUCUUAUUGCAUUCUGCAAUACUCUGAUUAUGUAUUUAUUUUCACACAGAAAACUUCAUAUUUAUGAAAUUACAUAUAAAUACAUAUACUUACACUGAUCCUGGACUAUAUGGUACCUUGUAACUCAGGGAUUUUUGUUGAUGCAUAAUAAACCAAUAAAUGUGUGGCAUGAUUUAUUUUGGA